AUGUUGACUUACACCAACAACCGUUACGGCAACGUCUGGCUCGUUCUUGUUGGAGCUGCCGCCUGCGGUAUUUCUGCCGGCUUGUUCUGGGCCUCCGAGGGCGCUGUUGCUCUUGGAUAUCCAGAGCCGUCUAAGCGUGGCAAGUACAUGAACAUCUGGCUCUGGUUCAGAACCGGUGGUCCUCUUGUCGGUGGAGCCAUAGUUCUGGCCCUCAACAACGAUGCGGCUGCGAAGAAGAAGGGCAAGGUUGGAUAUCAGACCUACCUGGUCUUCGUUGCUCUACAAUGUCUCAGCGUGCCCCUUGCACUCGCUCUAUCUCCCCCGGAGAAGGUCCAAAGAUCCGACGGUAGCAAAGUUAUCAUCAAAGCCGAGAAGUCGUUCAAGGCCGAGUUCAGAGAGCUGCUCCGCGUGUCGAAGCGCAAGGACAUCCUGCUGCUUCUCCCCAUCUUUUGGGCUGCCUACUUCAACCAGUACAGCGGAAACUUCCAAGCCUACUAUUUCGGCAUCCGAGCUCGCGCACUCAUCGGUUUCGUCAGCAACUUCGGCACGCUUCUCUCAUCGCAGCUGAUUAGCACUCUCCUCGACUACAAGAAAUUCAGUGUAAAGAAGCGCAUCACUAUUGGCUUCUACUACGUCAUUGUAUGGCACGUCAUUGCGUGGGUUUACGGCUGGGUCAUUCAAGAGAAGUACACCCGCAACCCACCUGCGUACGAUUGGGAAGAUAAGGGAUUCACUGAGGGUUUCUUUGUGCUCUUGUUGUGGGAUUUCGCCCGUCAAGCACUGCAGAGUUGGCUUUACUACCUUCUUGCUACCAAGACGGACAACAUCUCGGAGCUCACUCGUUUCUCGGGUAUUCUUAGAGGCCAGGAGAGCUUUUCCCAGGCUGUCUCGUUUGGCUUGAACACACAGAAGUGGAAGGGAGGUCGAGUACCACUUGCUGUCAACACUAUACUCCUGGGUUUGGCCGUUUAUCCUACGUGGCUGGUGGUCAGAGACCACGUCCCAGUCGAAGAGACCGACAGACUUGCAGCUGUAGAGGAACAGCCACAAACUGGUGAACUAGCCGAGACGAGGUUGUCAGUGGAUGUGAGAAAGGAAUUUGCUGUGGGGCAGACGGGUAUUGGGAGAGAUGCGAAGAUGUGA